ACCGUAAGUAUGUCAAAUAUAACAAUGCAGGAUUUAUGGAAGAAAAUGUUACAUUUUAAGAGAAUGUAGUGGAAGACAGUUCUUCAUUACUGACAGCAGAUUUAAUGUUUUAAAUGCAAGAUUGGAGCUUACGUCCUUUCAUUCUUAUUAAUAUGAGAACUAGCAACAGAAUAAUGGGCGAUGCGGACAACUUACCAAAUGAUUUAGAAAAUAAGAGAGGGAGAUGGGGAAGAAAGCUAGACUAUAUGCUUUCUAUGGUUGGUUAUUGUGUUGGUUUGGGGAACAUCUGGAGAUUUCCGUAUCUUUGUAUGAGAAACGGAGGAGGUGCUUUUCUGAUUCCCUUUAUAUUUUUCCUCCUGGUUGCUGGUCUUCCUUUGUAUUUUCUCGAGGUCUCUGUAGGACAAUUCACAGGAAAGAGCUGUUUUCAUGUGUGGUCGGCUUGUCCAAUUUUUGAAGGAGUUGGAGUGGGAAUGUUCGUUGUUCUCUUUGUUUUAACCCUGUACUACAAUAUCAUCAUUACCUGGACCGUUUUCUAUCUCGGAAGUUCGUUCUUCUCGCCUCUACCAUGGGCAGAUUGCAAGAACGAUUGGAACACUCUAGAAUGUUUCCAUGACGUUUCACAAAUAUCUUCACGGCAUGCUACAAAUGGAACAACGGACGCUGUGUUCGAAAAGUCAGUCUUGUCAACAACUAGUUAUUCCAUCACAUAUCACAACAACCUUACUACAUCUGUUGUUGAGAAUAUGACAAAAGAAACAACACUUGGCUCAACAAGUGAAGAGGAAUUUUGGUUUAACCGUGUUCUCGAUUUGUCGGAGGGACUUCUUGAUUUUGGCGGUUUGAACUGGCGCCUUACAAUUUGCUUCCUCGUGUCAUGGAUCGUGGUUUGUUUGUGUGCAAUAAAAGGAAUAAAAUCUCUUGGCAAGGUUGUUUAUAUCACAGCGACCUUACCAUAUUUGUUAUUGACCGUAAUCCUCAUUAAAGGCCUUACUCUUCCUGGGUCAACUGAUGGCAUCCUUUUCUAUAUCAGACCAGACUUUGAUAAACUAGCCAGUGUUCAAGUAUGGUUAGAAGCCGGACUCCAAGUCUUCUAUUCCUUAGGACCCGGAUGGGGACCUCUUUUUACAAUGGCUAGCUUCAACAAAUUCAACAAUAACUGCUAUAGAGAUUCAAUAAUUUUAACUCUGGUCAGUGAAGGAACAAGUAUAUUCGGGGGGUUUGCCAUUUUCACCAUUGUUGGUUACAUGGCACAUGUGGCGGGUAAACAAGUGGAUGAAGUGGUGCAGGCAGGUCCUGGACUGGCUUUUCUUGUGUACCCAGAAGCUCUCUCGCUACUUCCUUUACCAAAUCUCUGGGCUGCCUUGUUCUUCUUAACAUUGUUUACUGUUGGAUUAGAUAGCCAGUUCGCGACCCUUGAAACGUGCUUGACCGCCAUCAGCGAUAUUUUUCCUCGCAUGCGGAAUCACAAGCCACUCUUGUCAAUGGUUUCGUGUCUGUUUUUCUUUCUGGUUGGAUUAAUUCUAUGCACAGGGUGUGGAAUCUACAUAUUUCAGUUGUUAGACUGGUACAUUGCAGUCCUUUGCUUGCCUCUCUUUGGACUUAUUGAGUGUUUAAUUUUUGGCUGGAUUUAUGGGGCAGAUAACUUGUCACGUGAUAUAGAAAUGAUGAUUGGAAGAGGUGUACCAAUUUACAUGAGGAUUUUAUGGUGUGUCAUAACGCCCCUUCUGUUAGUGAUACUUUUAGCAUUUUCUAUAAGUACGUAUCGCCCACCAAUGGUUGGUUCUUACACGUAUCCCAUGUACGGUAGGGCUAUUGGCUGGACCAUAGCCUUCCUUCCCAUAAUCCCUUUACCAAUCUGUGCAAUACGUGCCAUAAGACGGUCUAAAGGUGAAACUAUAUGUGAGAAAAUAUGUUCAUCCUUUAAACCUUCAGAGAGAUGGAGACCAGUCUCUAAAUCGGAGAAAUACAGAAUUGAAAACAGAACUGAAGACUUUAAAUCUACCAUUCUCAGAAACAUAUUUGGGAAAAAAGUUUAGACCAAGGAACCUUAUAGCUUCUGUCUCAAAACCUAAGAGAGAUUUUAUUUUUUGCUCCAAAUAUAGUUUAACAUUCAAAUUAGGUUAUAAAUUAUUAUUAUAAUGAUAAAAUCCGUCAUAAAAAUAAACUUUAUGUUAAUGACAUUUAAUUUUACCGUUUACAUUUGAAAAUCCAAGGGUUGUCUGAGAAAAAACGCAAAAUUUUUAAAUGUUUCAUAAACUGUUUUAUUUUUUUAAGCUUUUAUACAUCCGGCAUAAUUAUCCAAAGUGAAUGGAAAACAAAAAGGUUUAAAUGAAUUUUACCAAUGCAUUACAUAAAUCUUGUAUAGAAAAUACUGCAAAAUUAAAUAUAUGUGUGUGUGAAUGUAUACAUGUAGCUUUAUUAAAUAAAUGUCAUU